AUGGACGAGCUGAAUGGAGAAAUAGUAUGCGCCGUUGAGAAAUGGUGCAAGCUUGUUGCAGCUCUAUCGAGCGGUCAACGCGCUAGAGUAGCUGAUACAACAUUGCGCAGCAUGCUGCAGAUACGUACCCUAGUGAUUAGGUAUAUGAUUGAGAAUUUUCAGGCCAGCACGGCCAGAUUCAUUAUACAAGAGCAGGUUGGGGAGGUGACUCUCGGUGCGGUCGACGUCGAGUGCAUCUUUAACCUCGAGAACCAAGGACUGUCCGCUUUGGACAUUCUGACUGAAGAAGGCGAGGACAUCAAGGAGCGGGUGCCGCCACAAUUUCUCAGUAAGACAUCAGAAAACAUAGUGAUAGAUAAUCUCAUUGAGGACAUAAUUAAAAGUAAAGCCACCGGCGACGAUUUCCUUCGGAAAGUAGUCCUUGUCCUGUUAGGAACAAUUAUUGCUCCCAUGUCGAGCAAGAUUGUGCCAAAGCAGUACUAUGCUUUGGUCGAUGAUGUGAAACUGAAGAAAGGCAAACACCUCCGCCAAUGGCCGAAAGGCAAUUUGGCUCUCUUGCAGUACUUGUACUGGGAGAAGGUGCAACCGGUCGAAGGCGAAUGCGCCUAUAAUCCCAACUUGUCCAUACAACCUCUUAUGAGGAUCUGGACCGAAGGUGCAGCCAUUAGGAGAGAUCGGUUCGACUAUGACAAUGGGCGCGGCCGUGGUAACGUUAGGAUCGAAAAUAAUAUCACCCAGGAAUAUAGGGCUCAGGAGCCCAACAUCUCAAAUAAUGCGCCUACCAUGAAGCCAAAAACCAAGCCUGCAAAUGGAAACGCAAAGAAGUCGACGACAGCCCCAAUGUCGGAAGAUUUGAUGGAGCUUCAAAUGAAGCGGUUGUUGGAGAAGUUGAACAAAUCAGGUGUCAUGUACAAGCCGGCUGCUGCCGUGCCAUCCGCGGACAUUGAUGUGGAUGAAGAACUGGAUUCGUUCGAGAACGGUCCAUAUGAAAAGAAGGAAUUCGUGUACAAGGAUGACAUAGACUCACGCGGAGAGCCUGUCAUUGACAUGACGCAGCCUGAUGAAGUGGUUCCCAACCAUAAAACCAUACUUGAGAAAACCCCACCGAAGAUGAAUGGACACAAGGAAGCUUCACCUAUUAGGAGUAAUGAUGAAUGCGGCGCUACACUCGAAAACCCUUGGGUCGUUGGUACUUCUACUCAAGCACCUUCAUCGGACAUAGACAUUUGUCCAUCUUCUGUCAGCAAGUUCAUGGCUAAGGCGAAUGGAAAAAAGGGUGCAACAAUCGAUAAGGAUGAGGAAGUUAUGUCCGCUCUGUUUUCUGAAAAUCAUGAGCCGGAGGUUGUGGCAGAUGAGUUGACGCCGGAAAUAAUUGAUGCAGCUGUUUCAUUUGUCGAGUUAGCUGCUAGCACCAAGAAAAAUAAGGGGAAGAAAUUUUAUUACAGUGAAGGCCGUGGCAUAUCUCUGACUUCCGAAAGGAUUCGACCGGUACUAACUCACAGAUGGCUGUCGGACGAUGUAAUUGAUGCUUAUAUGGGACAUUUGGAGCUGCGCGCGGAUGAUCGUUACCUCUGUCCAGCGUGGAGGUCCAAAUUCCUUGUAGAUCGUGCUAUCGCACGAGAUGAUCCAUUGUCGUCGAGCUGCAACAUGGAUAGUGCUCUGUCCAAAGCUGGAGCAGUUAAUAGAGUCACGAACGAGUAUACUGUGCGUGAUAAGCGAAUGGCUAUAGCACACGAUAUGCACCUAGCAAAUCUUUUUACACCAGGGAAAUAUCCAGGCGUAAGUAAGUGGCCUAUCAAGGAGUAUGACAUGCCCGAGCAAGAGGAUGGGAACUCUUGUGGCCUUUUUGUCACAGAAUGUCUAGAACAUUGGGACGGGGACCGAAUGACCCGCGAUUUUUCACAGGCCACCGUUGACGCAAGGAGAAGACGUUUCGUCGCGGAGUUGAUUAUGUCACCUUCGAACACGAUGGAGUGUGUGAAGAACAAAAUUCGCGAAAUCGCAAGGAAAAGGCGCGCCUGA